UCAUCUUCCUAAAGGUUAUCCGAUGAUCAAACUCAAGUAACAUUGUCUUGUCCCAAUUUUCCGUACAUCACAACCAUGGCUUCCCCAAUUGUAAUCUCACUAACUGCAAACCCAUGUCUUGUAUCUCCUCCGAAAAUCAACAAUCUUUCUUUGAGACAUUUCAACAAACACUUGGUGUGUGGUCACAACUUUCCCACUACCAAAACCACCUUUAAAGUACCCCUAAAAUCUCCAUUUUCAAGCAACAAAACCCAUUUCAUAAACCCCAUAAAAACCUCAUUAUCAGACAUUUCUGGGUCAAUCUUGGAUAACCCAAAACUUGAAUCUUUAAAAAAGACCAUUUUUGAUAUUAAUCCAAUUAGGGCUUUAAAGUAUGUAACUUUAGGGGUUAUUGCAUUUGCAUUUGUGAAAAGGGGUGUUAGUUUGUUAUCUAGUCCCUUUUUUUGGAUGUAUUUUAGUUGGACUUGGGUGUUUUGGCCUUGGUAUAUUGUUAUAAGUAUAUCUAUAUAUGGUUUAUAUAGUUUCCGUAAACAUAUAAAAGGCGAAGCUAGUAUCGUUGAACAACUUGCUAUAGUAACUUCUGCUUUUACUUGGCUUACAUUAGUCCCACCUGCUUAUGCAAAUGGUUUUUUAGAAGGAUGGCCUUUCGUGUUUUUUUUCGUUUACCAUUAUUUCUUUUUUCUAAAUGUUAGUAUCCGGAAACGUAUGUAUGGUGAUUAUUAUCUUCGAGAUCAUGAUCCGAAAUGGGAUGUUAGUACUCCGAAUUGGCACCGUGUUUUGUUUUGUUGUGGUGUGAUGGUUGGUCACUGGUUAGCAGCAUUUGAAGCACCUCAGCUUCAUUUAGUUCCGGGUGGUUGGAGCAAUGUAGGGAUUUGGGGUUUGAUAAUUAGUACUGUGUUUUUGCAGUAUUAUUCUUCGUUGUAUCUUGCAAAGUAUUCGGAAAAAGUUGUGGUGCCAACCGCUGUUGUGCAGUUUGGGCCGUAUCGUUGGGUUAGGCAUCCGAUAUAUGCGUCUACUGGGCUUUUGUUUUUGAGUUACUUUAUCGCACUUCGAGCACCUAUCAGUUCCCUUUUUAUUGUUGCGGUUUGUUUGAUGUACUAUGAGCAGAAGGCGCGGUUAGAGGAGGGUUUGAUGAUGGAGACUUUUGGAGACAGGUACACGGAAUACAUGAAAAAAGUUAGGUACAAGUUUAUCCCUUUUAUUUAUUAAAAUGUUAUCCAUGUACAUUAAAUUGUUAGACACAGUUAGCUCUGAAGACUUGUUUUUGAUCUCUUUGCAAAAGAGAAGAAGAGAACGUAGAAAAAAGUGGACUUUUGUUAUAUCUUUGUUGAGUGAUAUAUGAGUUAGAAAGUAAGGAUUUUUCAGCAGUAA